GGUGCCUGCCUUCUGCUACUAUUGUCCUUUGCCAUUUUUGCUGAUGCUGUCUCUCUGUCUAAUGUAUUAAGCCUUGAAGACCAAGUUAGAUUUAAACAGACAUUCUAUGAUGCCAUGCCAUUUAAAGACCUGGAAACAGCUGGCUAUUCAGUAUUAGGCUUAAAACAUUAUAUGAAAGCUGAAGUACCACCAACACAGGUAUGCAAUGCAAUAGAAAAGAGAAAUCAGUACUUAAUUUUGCCCUGGAAGCAAAAUUUUUGGAUCUCAACAAACUGUGGUCCCGCAAGUAUGGCUGAAGAAAAAAAUAAUAAAAUUGGUAGGUACAUGUAUGACGUACCUAUAGAUUGCACUCAGGGACAAAACAGUAGCUCAUACUUUUCUUUUAUUGUUCUUCCAUGGCAAGAAAGGAUGUUGACAUCCAGAAAUUUUGCUACCAUGUUAAUGUGACAUCACACUUCUCCUCUCUAAGCAGAACAGACUUUGUUUACAGAUACAUACAUACAUACAGUACACCUUUAUUUAAAGCUUUGAUUCACAGAGUAGCUUUAAAAUCAUAUAAUAUAAAUCUUAUAUUUCUGAGAAAGGAAAAUGAUGAUACAAAAGAAAGAAAAGAAAGGAAGAGUAAAGGAAGGAAAGGAAAAAAAAAAAAGAAAAAGAAAAAGCAUAAAGAGAAAAGGUCAGGUUAAUGGCCUGGUAUCUAAAGAGAGAGAGACACUCCAUUCCAAUUUUUUGUGAAAGUCCUGCCACAUUUUAAUGUCUCUAUGGAAACCUGAAUCUAGGAAGAUGUGCCAGCGAGGAAACUUGAUACCCUUAGAAGGAUAAUGCAUUUUAAGAAGUGGCGGCAAAUUGUUGGGUUCCAAUCAGGGACUGGAGCUCAUGUAAGGUAGCAGAUUUCCUGUUGGCCUACCAACAGAUGGCUUCUUGAAUGUAGGUGAGCUUAUCUACGGGGAGGUGGGUAGGGGCAUCCCAAGACUUAUGGAGAGAUAAAGGGCAGGCAUCAGAAAGAUGAUCUGUGCUACCACAGGAACAGCAUCCAGAUUUAGGGAGGCUCAUGAAGGUAAAGCUGGAUGUCAUGUUUCCCCCACUUAAUGGAAAGGUUAUAGGAAGCCUGCCUUCUGAACUCCACAUCAAAGAUGUACCAAGCCAUCCCAGGGAGUUUUUUUUGCUGUUAAAUCUACUACCCAAGAGGGAUAGAGAGAAACUAUGACAGCAAGCCACCUAUAUUGAUAGAGGUGAUUUUGGGGCAUGUAGAAGAGCCAGAUGAGAGAAAGGCAGUAGUCAGACCCUGAAUGUUCACCUUAAGGUUAAAUCCUAAUUCUCCUCUUGUUUGUGAGCAAAUGUGAGGCAAUUUCAAAGGAGAAUCUUGAAGUUUAUCAUAACAUUUGAGGCUAUUUUUCAGGAACACCUUCAUUUUACUAGAAGGCAGUACUUGCAUCAGUCUGUUUAAAUUUGUCAUCAGUUAAUAAUACAUAUUUUUCUAAUGAUAUUAGAUGAUGCAACAUAGAAUAUCUUAUCUCCACCGAGACUUCUCUUAGUUCAGUGAGAUUUCUUGACUAAAUAUGAGAUGACAUUUCCAUAACUGUGGAGCAGCUCUCCUACAAAUGUAGAGGCUUUGUGUACAUGUACUUUUAUCUAAAAAGAUAUCAAAUCUUUAUUAGUUACUACAGAAAUUAUUAGACAGUCAAGUUUUGUUCACACUUACACAAAACGUGACUGACUAGAGUCAGCGAGUACACAUAAAGCAUGUCUCUCAUAAACAUGGUUGAAAUUACAUUGUUCACAUCAGCUGCUUGAUUCAAACUUGUUUUAUGUAUGUUACAUAAUAAAUUUAUGUGGAUGAAGAAAUUUGAAGGCAGUUAUCAUUCAUCAGAAGAAAAGAAUUUUUGGGACAAAUGAAUUACUGAGUUUGUUUAAAAUGCAAUAUCUUGUAAUGAAGACAGCAAAAACUGUUUUCUUCUGGUUUAAAUGGAACCAUGCCAUUUACCUGCAUAAGGCUUGAUAAGUAAGCAGAUAAAGCAGAAUGAAUGCUACCUAUACUUUAUUUUCAAUUUAUGAUGUAGGUGCUGUAAAAGUUGUUAAACCAGUCUCCACAUUGGAACUGAAAAAUUUUGUUUCCUGAUAGUUCAAGUUCAGAUUCCCCCCCCCCCNUACACAUAAAGCAUGUCUCUCAUAAACAUGGUUGAAAUUACAUUGUUCACAUCAGCUGCUUGAUUCAAACUUGUUUUAUGUAUGUUACAUAAUAAAUUUAUGUGGAUGAAGAAAUUUGAAGGCAGUUAUCAUUCAUCAGAAGAAAAGAAUUUUUGGGACAAAUGAAUUACUGAGUUUGUUUAAAAUGCAAUAUCUUGUAAUGAAGACAGCAAAAAUUGUUUUCUUCUGGUUUAAAUGGAACCAUGCCAUUUACCUGCAUAAGGCUUGAUAAGUAAGCAGAUAAAGCAGAAUGAAUGCUACCUAUACUUUAUUUUCAAUUUAUGAAGUAGGUGCUGUAAAAGUUUUUUAACCAGUCCCCACAUUGGAACAGAAAAAUUCUGUUUCAUGAAAUUUCAAGUUCAGAUUCCCCCCCCCCCCUACCUCCUGCUUACUUCAGCCACCCACUUUGACGUGUUUCUGAGCAAAACUCAAACUACAUGUAGUUACAUUUCUGUACAUCUUGAGGUAGGUUCGGUCAUGCAUAAGUAACCAAGUUUCGAUUAUGAUACGCACAGUUCUCCACAUGGUGUUUCACUGUGAAACAUGUUUCAAUCAUGAUCAGACUACAGUCAUGUGAAAUGUAUUUUGUGCCAGUGUGAACAUUCUUGUAAUUGUCUUGAGUUCAUCACCCAUUUGUGUUCUUCGUUUGUUCUUCUUAACAGGAUGUCUGCAGAUUUGCUAACGAAAAUGUAGACAGUAGCAAUGUGAAGUCAAUAUUCUUUGCAUCACUUAUCAGUAACACUCUUGGGAAUUGUAAGGUAUGUGUGUGUGUUUGUGUGUGUAUUACACUGUAAAAAUUAUUGGUUCUCCUGGAAUGUAAAAGGAAAGGUCAGAAGGAAAUUUUGUCAGUUGUGAGGAAUCCAUGUUGGCCUAGCUGUCUCUUUGUGUUAUUUUUUCCUCAUUAAUGAUACUCUAUUUCAUUUUGCACUUUUCCAGCUCACUGUCAGUGAUGAAGGCAAGACAACUUUGUCAGAGGCAAUUAAAGAGGGAACAGACAUGCCAACUCUUUAUUAUUCAGUAGCAGCACAGAAGUAUCUAGGGAUCAAAGGUAACAGAUCUGAUUCUCAGUAUGCCAGCAAUGUACCUGCUAUGUAGCCACCCGUACUGCCUGCAAUACUGCUAUGCCAGCAAUAAGAACAUAAGCUGCUGGCCAUAAGAAACAUUGCAGGUCUUUACCCCUGGUAUGCCUAUGAAGUUGAAAUUGAUUCAUUGUCACAGGCAUGUCAUGGUAAAGACUGAGAUGGCAUCUGUUGCCAGUGGCUUUUGAAGAGGUUUCAGUCGUACCCUAUUUAUUUGAUUAACUUCCCUGAGUGCUUAUUACAUUUUUGGACCUUGAUAGUGGGCUCUUAAUCGAGGUGGGUGUUUGUUUGAGGCUGGGUGGUUAAUAACUUUUUCUGCCUCUAGGAUGGGCGCUAAUUCGGGGUUGGGCACUUAUUCGAAUAAAUAUGGUAUUUAAACCAAAGAAUUUUAUGCAAAGAUUUAAAAGUUAGAUUGACCAUGAAUGUUGUCAGCUUUAGCAUGUCCUAGAAGUAAAAAGGGUUUAGAGAGAUGUCUGCCUAAGAAAAGUCUAUCUAAAAUGCAGUCUUAUUGAAAAUGAAUUUUCUUGUUAUUAGUUAAUACUGGUGAGGUAAUCAAGGCAGUGAAAGCAGCCAUCAACUCAGAUGAAGACAGUAUUUUAGGGUAAGAAAGAAUUCCAGUAAUUCUGGUAACCUCAUUUAUUUUCAUGGCCACUUGAAAAAAAAAAUGAGAGUAGCUGCUAAAAUAUUCCAAUAAUGAUGUUACAGUAAAACUUCUUGGAUACAGUCACCAAAGAGACAGAGCCAAGUGUCUGCAUUACAGAGGUGUAUUACAGUCACACCUCCUGAUACAGACACCAGUGAGAUAGAACCAAGUGACCACAUCACAGAGGUGUCUGUUUUACAGUCAAACCUCCUGAUACAGACACCAAAUACACAGAGCCAAGUGUCUGUAUGGCAGCUCUGGUGUCAGUAUUACAGUCAAACCUCCUUAAUGUGGACACCAAAGGACGGAACCAAGUGUCCACAUCACAGAGGUGUCAGUAUUACAGUCAAACCUCCUUAAUACGAACACCAAAGGACGGUACCAAGUGUCCGCAUUACAGAGUCGUGUGUAUCACAGUCAAACAUGAUACCAACACGUAAGGGACAGAGCCAAGUGUCCGCAUUACAGCUCUGGUGUCAGUAUUACAGUCAAACCUCCUUAAUAUGGACAUGUGACAGAACCAAGUGUCCACAUCACAGAGGUGGCCGUAUUACAGUCGAACCUCCUGAUAGAGACCCUAAUGAGACAGAGCUAAGUGUCUACAUCACAGAGGAGUCUGUUUUACAGUCGAACCUCCUGAUUCGGACACCAAAGGGACAGAACCAAGUGUCCACAUCACAGAGGUGUCUGUAUUAGAGUCAAGCCUCCUAAUACAGAGACCAAUGAGACAGAGUCAAGUGUCUGCAUUACAGAGGAGUCUGUUUUGCAGUCAAACCUCCUGUUACAGACACCAGUGUGAUAGAGCCAAGUGUCCGCAUGACAGAGGUGUAUUACCAUCAAACCUCCUUGAUACGGACACUAAAGGACAGAAUCAAGUGUUCACAUCACAGAGAUGUGGAGGAAGGGAUUGUGUGAAGCUUGGAAUCAUUGGGACUAAGGAAUCUGUCUGUAAUAAAUACACUGAAUGUAACUUGACCAAAUUAACCCUUUCAAUAUUUUAUUAGUUAACUUAAGUUGUCUUCAUUCAUAGCAAAAACAACCAAAAAUACAUAUAUUUGCAGUUUCAUGUCCCAUUAGUUUUUUUGUACUUCGAAUUCUUAGCUGAACAGGAACAUUUUCGUAGUGAAUUAUUCUCCUUGUUGAAGGUGCAUGUACACUACAAUGUACAUAUCAUUGGAUCUGUCCACAUCUUUUUACGGUGCACCUUUGCAGUUUUCUGGAGUUGAACUUACUUAUAUACAUGUAUCAUUGUAUUUUAGGGCAGCAUAUGCCAUGCUCAUUGCUGCAAGGUUACCAAAGGACACUGAUGUUUCUUUCAUCACUGAAAUGAUUGAGGUAUGUAAUUAGCCUUUUAAUUCUCAGAGGGAUCAGAUUUAUAAUAUUUAUUUUGCAAGUAAUGAUGACAGUUAUAUCAAAUAUUAUUUUAAAAUAGUGUCAUUAGAAAUUGCAGCUACAUGGAAGUUCCCCUCAGUGAAAUGGCAAGGGCUGGGAAGACUACAGUAAAAACCCGCCACUAAGAACCUACAUUUUUAGGAGUUAGCCUAAACAGGUUCUUAUAUAAAUGGUAGUUUGCAGAAUUUUAGGCUAUUUAGGUUCUUAAAAUGGGUUCUUAAUCCUGGAGAAAAAGUAGUUAGUAUGCUUUGUAAGUCUACAUAUCUUGCACUCAUUUUUUUUUAAAAAACAUUUUUACAACAAUGGCAAUCUGCUUUUUUUGCUUCAAAUAUGAUUCUUGCAAUGCAGCUGUAAUGUACUAGUAUGAUUUGGAAAAUAAGAACCUGUUUUAAAUUUCUUAGGCUAAAUAGGUUCUUGUUUAUAGGGGAUAUAAAUGACCAAUUUUAGGCUAACAGGUUCUUAAUUUUUAGGUUCUUAGUUGCGGGUUUUUACUGUAUUUACCAUUGCAGAUAUGGUGCAUAACUGUAUUGAAUGGCGCAUUUUACCCGUAACAUCACAAUGCUUGUUUUCUAUGCUGUUGUUCAUGCAUUUUAUACACUCAUUAGUGCUGAUAGGAGAAUUUAUAAACAGUCGAGAUACAACGUGAUACAACUCACUUUGACUCUGAAGAUGACUACUGCACAGGUUGUCGAAAUGUCAGUCACUGUCAACAACAACAGUCCUAUUCAGGACUAUGUUCACCCGGACGAUCAAACUCAACCUACUUUUUACAUCCUCUCUUUGAUAACCUGCUUUCCUUUAUUCCAGCAACAUUAAUUUUAUCUUUCAUAAGACUGUUGUAUUAUUAGUUGACCAUUUGCUGGUCCUUUUAAUUUUUUUUUAAUCUUUUGUACUGUAGGACACAGUGGCUCAAGCUGAUGAAGUUGAUAACAAAUAUCUACAGGUACAUGUACAACUGUUGAUUGUACGGCCUUUGUGAUCUGCUUUACCCACAUUUUAAUUGAACUAAAUUGAAUCUGACAUUUGGGACAUGUUUCCCAUCCCAGCUGAUACAGUUAACUUUAUUGGUUAUGGUCUGACUUUAUCCUUGGUUGAAUUUUUUGCUUUGUUUUUAAGUAUACACGAUUGUAAUCAAUGGUUUCAUUGAGUUUAAUAACACACAGAAAUUUUAGAAAUUUUAUACUGGUUGAGUUAUUGAAAUUUAAACAAAAUGUACACGAAUUGAACAAUUGACAUUACAUGUAUACUCAAUAUUUUGUUUUCCAAUUUCUGUACAGUUUGAAGGUGGACUUUUGGUGACUGCAAAAGUUGUUUAUGCUACAUAUGCUUUGUCAGAGUUCCUGGGAAAAGCUCCAGCUAUCACUGAAGUAUGUGGCAUUUAUUUAUUUUAAUACAUCUGCUUUGUUUUGUUUUGUUUGUGUAUUGGUUGUGCCUACUGUCUCCCUAUGUUGUAAGCAAGUCUGUGUAUUUCCUCAGUAAAUCCAAUUCCAAUUAAAAGAUUAUUAUGGUCAUUGCGGUGGUCAACAUUUCGGGACUUCAAUGGGAUUUGAACCCAUGGCCUCUGUGUUAGCACUGCAGUUCUCUACCAAUUGAGCUAUAGACCCAAUGCAAAAAUGGCUGCUUGAUUAACAUUCUUUUGUUUGAAUUUAAAUUAGCCUAACUAGCCUCGUUCUCCACUACAAAAUUCAAAAGAAUACAUUUUCGCAAGCGAGGCUAGUUAGGCUAAUUUUAAUUUAAACAAAAGAAUACUAAUCCGGUAGCCAUUUUUGCAUUGGGUGUAUGAAGACCCAUACAUUGGGAGUGGGCCUAUUUGUUGAGUUCAUCUUAACUCAUGAAAGGAAUGAAACAUAGAAUGUAGAUAAAGAUGGUGUGAACUGCGGAAGUACAAAUUUACAUGAAGAUAUGAUUGUCGCAAUGGUCAUUACAAUUUAUUUGCAAUUGCUUAAAUUGCAAUGAUCACUGCGACAAUCAUAUCUUCAUUUAAAUUUGUAGUUCUGCAGUUCACAUCAUCUCCAUUCCAUAAAUCCAAUAUCAUGAUAAAAAUUGGCCUGGUUGUUGCAGUACUUUAUUUUGGCAGUCAAAAAAUGCUUUAAGUGACUAGCUUCAGACAGUGUUUCAUUGCAUUAAUGUCCAGUUUUCUUACUGAAUGAUGUGGCAAGUGCAGUUUUUUUGCAAGUAAACAUUUUUACCUCCAGCAUGAGGUUUUGUUUUGAGGAAGUCAGUUUAGCUUUGUUUCUCAUGAAGUCUUGUUGUUUAUCUUUCAGGAACAAGUGAUCAAGUUUGCAAACUAUCUUCUAACAAGAAAACAUGUUCAAUCUGUGAAAGACACUGCAACACUGCUUAUAGCCCUUGACCAGCUAGGCAACAAUCCAGUGAGUUACAUUCUGUUUGUCCUUCUACAUGUACAUUCAUCCACCACGACGUUAGUUUUGCUUAUUUUUCUCGAAAUGCCUCAAUUAGCUUCCACCUUCAAAUACAUUGCUCAGAUAUUUUGGUAAUCCAGGGUAGUAGUAAAUUCAAGUAUUUACAGAACAGUUAACUCCCCCAUAGCGACUACUUCUCGUAACCGACUGCCUCCCUUAAACCUUUAAGUCCCGAUAGUGAUUAACAUCAAUUUUCUCCUAACAAUAUCCAUAUGUUGCCAAGAGAAAUGGUUAUGAGAGUUAAUAUAAUGAUCACAAAAGAGAAAAAUAAUGCUUUGAUAUGCUAUCAAAUUCUUUCAACUAAUUCGUUAAGGAAAUGUAUGGAUAUCAGUUUGGAGAAUUUUUAAUUGGAUGUCGGGUCUUAAAGGGUUAAGGAACCACUUUGAAGAUAAUGUUUUCGUUUCUCAGUCAAAUACUGUUUAUAAAGCUCUCUUGUAAGCGACCAAUAGUUAAAUUUGUUAAAUGAUGGUGACCACUUUUUAGGCGAGAAAUUUGACAUGUUUUGUUUUCUGUUUCUGGUACAUGUAAGCGACCACCCAGCUUGAUCAUGAAUGAUUGUAAGAAAACCAUUGCUCGAAUGUCACAAAAGUUCAGUUAUCAAUAGUGCUGACCAAGCAUGCUGACAGAUUAUAGCAGUCUACUUACCAAAAAAAUGGCUGUUUUUUGAUCUGUAGGUAGAAAAGUGGAUUGUAAUCUUGGAGCAAAAUGUUAUGUAUAUGUACAAAGUUUUGACAGUUCCAAGCGCUAUUUGAUAUAAUGAGCUUAUUUUCAACCACUUUGUCAGGUAACAAGCUAAAAGGGUGUUUACUUACAAAGAGAGUUGACUGUAUAUUAAUUUAAUCUUAAUUUUCUUGUUUUCAGUUCCAUGUCCCAGUUGUAGUACAGCUUUAUGGGUCCCCAGUUGUUUCUGAUGAUCAAAAGAUGGUCAAGGUUUGUAAGAGAAUGUGUUAUCUCUAUAAGAAACAUGCACAACGUAAUCUGAAACUCCUACAUUUUGGCUGAAGGUCUGUACAUGUACAUGUAGAUAAUCACUUUAACAUUUUUAAUUUUGUCUUAUUUUGGGCUUAAAAUAAAAAAAAAAUUACAAUUAAAAAAAUAUGAUGUUCAAUGAAUACUUGCAAGGGUAGGAAUUUUGAAGUCUGAUUCUUUUCUUCUUGCCAGUGGCAAUGUGAAGUUUCAUCUAACCUGAAUAUAUAUUUCAGGUCCGUGUAACUAAUGUCAUGGACAAAGCACUAGGUAAAAUGACAGUGACUGCCACAUCAGCUGAAGACACUGAAGGUACAACAGUACUGAGCAACAAAGUGUUCACUGCUGGACCUGAAGAGUAAGUGCACUCAGUUAUUUCAAACCAAAUAUAAAAUUCUCAGUUAAUUCAGCAGUCAAAAUAGGGGGAAAUGGCAGCAGAAUGAAGUUAUAAUAAUCAUGGUAGAACUUAGUACAUUACAGAUACAUUCAGUUUUUUUCUGCGCUUGUUGAUUGUUAAGACUGUUCUAAUUAAAAACUUUGGUAAUAGUUCUUUGAAUAUUGUUGUUUUUAGACAAAAUUAGUGGCUUUAUUUUUGUACAAAGUUAAAAUAGAUCAGUCUCGUAGCAGCUAACAUUUUGACAGACCCUUGCUUACUAGUAUUUGUAAAUACAAAUUUACUUGUUUAAUAUAAUAAUAAUAAUAAUAUAUGGUAAUAUACCAAUUAUUAUAUUGACGUGCUGUGAUGUGCCUUUAAGUUUGCAUUUGUGGCACACAUUUUCCCAGAAUGCAUAUAAUGCUAAUUAAUGGGGUAUUAAUUUUGCCCACACAAGCUUGUAGUAAUAAAAGAAAUAAUAUUACAGAUGUACAAAUAACUUACUUUUGCUCAGUAAGGAACGUGCAGAUUAUUCAUACAUGUAAAGGAAUAAUAACCCAAAUUAAUACAUGACUUGUAGCUAUAAACCUAACAAAUAAUGUAGAAAGCACAGAUUUUGUUCUCUAAACUAAUGAUAAUUACUAUUAAAAUGAACAUUGCUUUUUUGCAUGAGUUGGUUAAACUAUCAACUUAAAGUUACAAGUUAUAAACCAUUCCACUGUAGUGACUUCAUUGUUAUUGAGACUGAUCUUGGGCGAGGCAUGUUUGCAGCUCAUAGGUAAAGUACAUUGUAAUUUAUCAAAUCAAAUUUAAAAAAAGUAAAAUGAGAUGUCUUAAUUGUAGUUUUUAGGAGCAGUGUAAACCUUUUAGCAUUGAAAAGAUGUCGUAAAUUUUAAUAUAUUAAAAAAUUAAAACUGUGGGAAUAUUACCUUUAAGAGUAACACUAAAAAUCUAAAAUAAAAUGAUAAAACAUUCUUUUUAUUAAAAUAAUGAACUAGUAAGGAAGUGUAAAAAAUUUCAAACAAUUGAAUUUUGCAAUAGUAAUGUCAGUCUUCAAUAACAAUCAAUCAUUUAUAGUAAACCUCGAGCAAUGCAAUAAUUGAUUAUGGCAAAUACAAACAUUAAAACUUGUGUUUUGCCUUUAAAUGGUCUCAUUGUGCAGUUGUAAUCCACUGACAACCCUUUUCUGAUACAUAUUUUUUCAACUACAUUGGACUGUACUGUAGGACAACUUGUCAGUUUUCCAUGAUAUGAUUGUAGUCUGUUUGUGUUUUAGCUAUCAGUUAAAUUUCAUGACAUCAAAACCUGGCCCUGGAGUAUACACUGUCAAUGUUGGGUAAGUUCAGUUUGCAUUUUGCUAUAAUAAAUCAUCAUAACCUUUUUCAUAAUCACCGUCAUCUUCAUCAGACUCCAUCCUCACCUUGAUCAUCAUCAUCAUCAUCAUCAUCAUCUUGAUCAUCAUCAUCAUUAUCCUGACCAUCAGCUUUAUCUUUAUCAUCUCAUUAUUAUCACUGUCAUCUUUUUUUAAUUUUGGACAGGCUGGAAUCCUGGCCAUAUUCAUUGUUGUUGUUAUUGUUGUUAAUCGACUGGCUUGACAGGGAUUGCUUGUUGUCAGUUAUCUUAAUUUUUGGCAUGUAUUGAAGCAUCAAAUUAUGUGUUUGUUAUCAGCGUGAAACCCCACAAAGAGGACAAGCGUCUUAUUGGCACCACUUCUGGCCAGGUAAAACUAAUUCACUCAUUAUUGCUGUGCUUAACAACAACUUGUGUAAUGGCAGCUUGCUUCUCUUUCUUCCAGUGAUAUAUUAAUAUAAGGCUUUUGUUUGGUUAAAAUUACAUUUCUGAGGAACUGCUCUCUUCUGGCAGGUUAAAGUUAAAGUUGUCACAAAAGUAAAUGUUGAAGACGUGGAAUUAUCAGUUGUGGACAAAGAGCAAAACAUCAAAUCCAAGACUACCAGGUAACUGUCCAUUUCUACUUUCUAAAACGUAAAUGUUUUGCAGUAAAUUGCUCUGUGAGCGAUUGGGAUAAAAGUUUCAGGAUUAUUGAAACAUCGCAAUAAGUUUCCCCUGAUCUUGCAAACAACAGUCAUCUCCCUUGGUUGUUGUUCAAGGGAAAAUUAGCAUGUAGGGUUUUCAGUAAGAUUUCAAGGUGCUGGGUAUGUGCAAAAUUUAAUGAUAGGCCAGGAAUUGAAAAGGUAGGACGAUUUGUUGGUUCUCUUUUGUUUCCUUUAACCCUUUAAACCCUAAAGCCAAAAUUUGAAUUCUCAUAUGUUGCCCCUAUUCAUUUCCUACAGAAGUAGUGGGGAGAAGUUGUGUGAUCAUGUCCGUAAUUCUCAUGACCACUCUGUUUUACGAAGCAUUGAUAUUACAAGGAGAAAUUUGAUGCUGAUCACUCUUGUGGCCUAAAGGGUUAAAAUGAGGCCAGGAUCCUGCUCAUAGUAGCUGGGGAAAAUCCCCUGUCCCCACCCCUUAGUAAUAAGGUUAAAAGUAAAGGUAAAGCAACUAUGAUAUUUUACGUCAAUAAUUUGUGGCAGUAAUAAAUUCAACUGAUAAACUUGAGCUCAAUGGUGCGCUCAUUUUAAUCCCUCUCGCCAUCAGUGUGUCAUUUUAAGGUUCAGGAGCUUAGUGUCCAAAUAAGCACAUAAUUAUGCCCGUGGGUACAGCUGAUUAUAAUCUGGAAAAAAAAAUAGAUGCACUCAACUGAGAUUAGGAAUAUAUGUAUGCAAAAUGUAGCUGAAGUCAGUGAAAUUAGUAAGUGAUGGUAGACAUCUCGCUCCUUGCUUGUAAUCUUCUUGAUGGUGUCACUUUUUUACUGUUUUUCUUGUUAGCACUGUACCUUAGCAAUAACAAUAUAGAUGGAAAAAAUAAACAAUUAACUACUGCAUUUUCCUUCCUACUGAAAACGCAGGAAAUGGCAUUUCCAAGACCUUAAAUUUCAGACCCCCCUAUUUUGGAGUGCCUUCAGGGCUGUAACUUUUUACCUGUGCAUACCCCUUUAAAAUCUCUUGCUACGCCCCUGGGGGUAUUGAAAGCGAGUUAAAGCUCUACCGAAAAGAGCAAAGUUGAAACAAGGAUGUUAUGUCACCAGGAAUAGAACUUGGGACCUCUCGCACCAAAGACUGCAUUCUAACCAACUCCAUACCAACUUUGCUCCUGAUAGGUGCAGCCCUGUGUAAGGUCUCAGCAUCACUCUUAUUUCAGGUUCAUUACUUUACCUUUUAUGUAUUGUUUUUCAGUGUCAAGUACCCUGCAGCCAUUACCACCGUUAUAGAAGCUGACUACCACCAGAAAGUUGUGAUGAAAUUCUCCUUGAAGAGUGUCUCCUCUGGGGAUCUGUUUACUCCUCAUCAGGCAUUUGUUAGACUCACCAAUGAGAAAACCAAACAAGAGAUCUUCUUUGUUGCUGAACCAGAGCCAAGUAAAGUGUUCAAGUUUGAUCUGGUGAGUGAGAGCUAGCUCUACCAUUUAUACAUUAUUUUCAGCUUCUAUUUAACAAUUAUUCCAUGAGUAUGUGUUGAAUAUGAGAUAGUAGAUAGCCAAGGAGGCACAUAGCGCCAAGUUGGCUAUAAUCCUCACAUAUCCAACAGGCGCGAGUGCAAUAAUAUUUUAUUGUUUUGUUAAAAAGGGCCACAAAAUUCCGAGAAUUCUUCCAUGUAUCAUUUUUUCCCUGCUUUCAAUAAUUUUUUCUCUUUUGUUAAUAUUCAGGAUGUUGGUGCCACUGCAAAGGAUUCUUUUGGUUCCCUUUCUGGAAAAUACAAGAUGGUGAGUGAUAAAGGGAUUUAAAUAGUAGAAUCCUGCGAUCCAAUCACACUUUUUUACAUUCCUGUGAACAAAGGCACGUAACUACUGAAUAAUGAUUUGGGUGAAAUUAUCUACCCAAGCCUCAACCUUGUUUUUGUUGUUUGUGAUCGCUGUUGUGGAAUGCAGAAAAGGUCUGUGCCUACUGGUAUUACAGCCUAUGUCAUAAACGUAAUUAAAAUUCAGUUAGUAACAUCUGUGAAGCAGCACUGAUAUCCUUGUUCUUGGCCCCAAAGGACUAAACGAAUUACCAGAAGUGCAUUUUGAAUUUCCCUUCAUCUUGAUUGGCAAAUCGACAAUUGGUUUUUGAACGGGCCAAUCAUGUCUCAUACUCUAAUCCUGGUACAAAGCUGGGAACCCAGAACAAGGAUUUCAGGGCUGUUUUGCAGACAGACUUAGCCUGUGUACAGCCACCCAUGCCCCUGAGAAAAAAAUAGGUGAAGGGGCCCCUUCUCUGAUUUUUUCCAAGGGAAGGGGGCGGCUAUACACGGGCUAGACAGGCUUUAACCUGAGUUUAGCUGUGAUGCAGGUAAUGGUAUGGAUGGCAUUAAGGAAUCGUAAAGUUCUAUUUUGGUAGACCUAGUUAGCUGCUUUACUUCAGUAUAAAGCAACUCAUCACUUUGAAGGGAACAAAAAUGAUAUUAAUUUCUGUUUCUUGUAAAGUAAUGAAAAACAAAUACAGUGGUACCUUCUAAUGGCACUGCCAAAGACAUACAUACAGUUGAAGUUGCCUGAUGAGUGUGGUCCUACAAAUUUCGGACCAUAUGAAACAGCACUGUCGCAAUAAACGAUCAAUGAUUACUCCUGAAGCCUGAACUCCUGUGAUUAUUAAUACAUACAUACAUACAUAUACUUUAUUUAUGCUCGAAAUUUACAGAGUAGCUGUAGAGCUAAAAUCUUCGAGAAAAUAAGUUAAAAUAAAAUAAAAUAUGCUAUAUUACAAUUCCAAUAUUAUUUAUAAACUAUAUACAACAUUAUGAAUCUUAUUUAAAUAAUAACACCACAGGAUUUCCUUCAAAGACUUGAAUUUUAAAUCUGUCUAUUCACUUUUGUAGUAUAAAUGAAAAUUCUAAUUAUAAAGAUGGUUCAAGAUUAUUUUUUAAACAUUUUUUUCAUGAUUUUCUGAUUUCAUCUCUUUUCAAGGAUCUUAUUAUUGGUGAUGCUGUGAUUCAAAAUCCUUUUGAGUGGAAAGUGGUGGGUGUAUUUUUUUUUCUGUUUGUCACUGUUACAAAAUCAACUAAUGUGUUAAUAAAGGUUUACAGCCCUUAACUUAUCCAGCUAGUUUACAGGCACUCAACUCAGAUACUUACAAACAAAUAAUUCAAAUACAACAUAACAGGAUUUAUAACCCCAGCUGGCAGGAGGCAACCAGUUGGCUAUUUACAAGCGUGGCCAAGGAUUUGAACUCUGGAAAACCAAGAACAAAUCCAGCAAGUGGUCAGAGUGGGACUGCUGGAAUGCGAGUCUAACGCGCUGACCACUUGGCCACGCUGCCUCCUUCAAUCAAUGUUUUGAUUUCUUUUUUUUAGGGUGUUCUGUCAUUAACCUUUGCUGAGGACCCAGCCAAAUCAACCAAGGACAAGGAACAUAUGUACAAUGCCAGGCCUGAAAUUGAGGUACUGCCAAGACUUUAUUUUAUUUUUGUUUGGUGUUUGAAUUAAAAAAUGCGCCUGCCAUGUUUUGUUAGAACACCUGGCAUGCUUUUCUUGAGUUACAAAACUUAGGCUUUUGCAAGUUUUAUGUUGGCGUAAAGUGGCUACAAUGGAAGUCAAAAGAACUUGAGACACAGUGCAGUGCUGCAUCCCAACCUUGAGAUAAGGGGGAGGCCUAGUCAUCCAGAUCCUUACAUAAGGGAGGACGGGGGGAAGGGGUGGCCCCCCCAAAUUUUUUCGGCCCUUCAGGCCUUAGUUUGGUCUAAAAAUAAGGGGGGCCCAGGCCCCCCGGGCCCCUCCUCUGGAUCCACCACUGCAGUGGAAGAACCCUUCCAAGUAAUAUAUAGGACUCUGUUCCUAACAACAAUAUUAUUUUUGGACCUGCUUUGGGUUCAUCUCUUCAUCCCCCCCACUCCCCCACCCCCCCCCCCACCCCCGACAAUGUUGUGACAUCGAACGGACUCAUUUCCACCCAUUGCGCUCAAAAUUCAACAUUUUUGGGGGUGGGAGCCCACCGCAGGGGAGAGGUUGCCAGUUUUACUAAUAUCACUGGAAAGGUCCCAAAAUGUUUGACCUCCAUUGUAAGUGAUGCUAUCUUAAGCAGUUCCAGCAGUUGGCAAAAAUGUUCACAGAUUUGACAGAAAUUAAUAUGAAAAUACCAGUUACUCCUUCAAACUGCAUAAGAAUUCAGUAUUAAGACUAGUAUCAUGGGUGGCCAAAACUGCAGAGGUUCAAUUGACAACAAAUUACACUCAUUUGACUUGAAGUACAGCUUGUCUCAAUUUCUAUGUAGGUGACAUAUCAUGCUACAAAAGCAGGACAAAUGCAGUUUGCAGAGUUAUUUUUUAAAUUUUAUAUAUUUUGAACUUGAAAUUUAUGUUGCCAAGUGAAUCAGUUCAUUAUGCUCUGUCUGUUGUUGCUCUCAAGACUCAGAACCAUCUGAAUUUUAAAUUACAGUUUCAAAAUAUAUUUCAUGUUGUUGCCUUUAAUUUAGCACAUGUUCCGUGUCCCAGAGAAGCGUCCCCCAAAGGCCGUCUCAACAGCCUUCACAUUUCUCAUCUUUGUCCCACUUGCUAUCAUGCUUAUUGUGGUAAGUUUUCUUUGCCUUUAUAGUAGUUUUUUUGAUGGAUAAUUUUAUUUAAGUUUACACUUGCUUUAGUGUUGAAUUGCUUUCCUUCUUGUUUAGCUGCAUAAAUCUCAUGUCACUCGAUGAAGGGAAAAGCAAUUCAAGACUUCACAAACUGGGGAAGGGGAGGGGGAAGAAGAAUAUUGGCAUGAGCUUUUGACACAAGGAUUUCUGGGAUUAUUUGGGUCCAGUAGCGUUUUUAGUCAUGAUUGGUCAGUGGUAUCCAAGGGCAACCAUAAAUCGGUCAUAGCUUACUAUUGUCCACCCAAACGAUAACCAAAAAAACUGCGAUCAGUCUCCCUUUUCCUUCAGAUUUAGUAAGGGUAGUGCGCGCCCUUUUCCUGUAUUGUGCGUUUUGCUCGACAGACUAACAAAAAAGAGAGACAGCUAUUUGUCUAAAAGCCUAAUAUCUUCAUACUAAUAAUGUAGUGGACAAUAGUAACAGAGUGGCUCCCCCAUUUAACAAACUGUAGCGUACUGGUCAUCACGUUGCGUUAAAAGGUAUCGACCAAAACCAUAGAUAGCGAUCGGUGAUACUUCACAAUUUAUUUAUCGUUUAGGCACGUAAAAACUGUAACAGAAACAACAAUGAAAUUAAAUAACCGAUCACGAUAUAGUCAUAAAGCACAAAGCAGGAUUACAAACGAUUACACAAUCAUCGGGCCUCGCCCCCUAAGCUCGUGCGCAUGCACGUUAGUAACGCAAUACGAAGUAACGCAUUCGUAACACAAACUCCUAUACAAUAAUGAACAAGUGGAUAUAAUGAACAACAUUCUUAACGCUUCUUGUAGUUCCUGUAUGUAACUUACCCUUGCCACUUCAUUAGAGUUCAGGCGUGCUUUCCAUUCACUCCAAAAUUCCGGAAAUUUUGGUUAGAAAUCAGAUGGAAUAAACCAUUCCAGUUUGUUCCAACCGAAAUAUUUGGGAACUCCACUUUGACAAGUUUGGUCCCUUUCUAUUUGAAGAAGGUAUUGUCCCCAGUACAGCCCUUCUGUUUCCUGCAUAAUCCAAACUCCCGGUGGCUUGGGCUCAGUACUGUGCAACAUGAAUUAUGUACUGUUCCAUUGGGCACGUGGAAUUUCCGAAAUUUCAAACCGGAAUUUUUUGUUGAAUUGAGAGCGCUCCAGGUUUCUUAACAAUGUAACUUAGAGCACCGCCGUGCUUUAACAGUAUCGCCUUUUUUGCAAGUAAUACAAGAGUGUUCUUACAUAUGUAAAUGCUACAUAUAGUACAUAUAGUGCGCUGUUUAUAAAGUACUAAGAAUUUGCACCAGUCUGUGUAAUGUGUUACUAGUUUGUGAUGUUUUUCUUCAGUUGAGCUAGUGACUUAAGAUGGUGCUACAGAGAUGAUCUUAUCUCCACCGAGACUUCUCAAUUUAAUGAGAUUUCUUGACUAAAAAUAAGAUUACAUUACAUUGGUCCAACCACACUUUGUAUACAUUUACGAAAUUUCAACUGCUUAGAACUGAGGUCUGUCAUUGAAUUCUGUGUGACCAUCAAAAUCAAAGCUAUCAAGCAGUACUUUCUUAUAGCACUGGUUGUUAUGCCACACAAGGUUGAUGAAUUUUUUGACGUUGUGGUUGAAGUGACCAGAACUCCUGAAAAUAAAACGUGAAGGAAUGUAAUGCACCGUAUGGAAUCCCGGGCCAUUGUCUGCUACAGUCUCGCAGUCCUCAAAAGUUACGUAAUAAAUGGGGAAAAUAAAAACUGCGUACAUGUAUUUACAAAUAUUGUGAUUUUUCUUUUGAAAUAUGUGAUUCUUCUUUCUUUAAGCCUUUGCAUGAAAUUAAGAGAACUAAUUUAAUACAUUUGUGAACUACGGGACUGUGGAAAUAGUCGUUCUCCUUUAAUAACUGAUUUCAAUAAAUUCUCAGACGACAACGAGGACUGCAAACCUGCAGGAUCGAUGCAGGAGCAGUUGUCAGACCACUUGACUGCAGGAGGGGUCGUUUAUAUACUUGAUUUAAAUAGAUUUAUUGACUACAGUACACCGUGACUGUGGGAGUGUCAAUUAAAAGCACACUAUUUUUUUUUAUCACUGCGGGACAAUUGCCUUUUAUCGCCUCUAGGUGACCAGGUGUUCCGAAGUUGCUCCUGGAUUUUUAAAGACUGUUUUCUGUUUAGUCGACGUGAGAGCUUUCAUCGGUUUUAAUUGUUAAAAACUGUGACUUUUGUUUAACUUUCAGUGGAUAAAAUUGGGAGCAAAUCUAUCAAAUUUCCAGUUUUCUCUUGGUGGAAUUGUCUUUCACCUUGGACUGGGAGGUGAGUAUCUCCAGAAUGACCAACAUCAAUUUUCUCCUGACAAUAUCCAUACAUCAUCAAGAGAAGGUUAUGAGAAUUAAUAAAAUGAUCACCAAAGAGAAAAUGCCUUGAUCUUUUGACAAAUCCUCUCAACCAAACCUGAAGGGAAUGUUUAUUAUGCUCUACAAGGUUGCUCUAACUUUUGAGUCUGUGGAUCCUAAUGAUUGUAUGACCAUUCAAAUGAAAGAUACUGAUCAGUACUUUCUUGUGGGACUGUUUAUUGUGCUGUACAAGGUGGCUCUAACUUUUGAUUCCUAAAUGCAAGGACUCAAUUGGAAGCUACUGAGCCGUUCUUUUCGGCGGUACUGUUUUUUAUGCUCUAUUAGGUUAAUCUUACUUUUGAGACUGUGGAUAAAAUCCUUAAGGGUCAUUGUAUCAAAAAAAGCUUUUCAGCAUAAUUAAAAAAAUGUAGGUCGUACUAUACUGUGUGGUUCUGAGUGUGGCAGUUUUAUUCAUACACGUAGUUUUGAAAGCUUUAGUGGAGUGAAAUUUUAAAAUACUUUAAUUUAACAUUUUACUGAAAUUCACUUACGGUAUGCCAUACAUUGUUCUAACAUUUAAAUGGGUUUGCUUUUCUUUUUCAGCCAUUUUCGUUCUGUACUACUGUUUCUUCGUCAGCCUGGUAUGUUUUUGAUUUUGUCAUUAGGUAGCUUAAGCAACGACGACGGCGACGGCAACGAGAAUGGCAUAAAAGCAAUAGGUUCAGAUUGGCAAAACAACAAUUUUGCACGUGCAUCACGCUUCUUUGUAUAUUUCUUUGCCGUCAAUGCACGACUACAACGUGAAAGUGCCCAUACGUUGUUCAGGUUUUCAGUUAUUCCUUCUCCGGUAACCUUACUUAAAACUUUUUGUUGCAGUAUAUUGAUUAUACGGUAAUUAAACAAUUAUUUGAUGAGGCAGAGUAUGAUAUGAAGAAUUAUGCACAUCUAGGGAGGGUGAUAUCUGCCAACAUACAAGGCUGAGGCGGCUAACAUUCUCCUUGAUUAGCAUAAUUCUUUACAUCAUCGGAAAGCCGGCUGCUUCUUCACUGUUCGAAUGUUUUUACAACUUGACUUCUCCGUAGAAUGUACUCAAAACCAUCAACAGUUCUUCAGCCGGUUUACGAUAUGAACGGAUGUUUUUUUCUUGGCACUUGAUAUUUUAAAAAAUGCAGUCGACGUCUUUCAGUAGCUUUUUUGUAUAUUGUUGCGUAAUUUUCCACUAGUGAUAAGGUUAUUUUGAUCUAAAGGGUUUUCUUUAUCGUUCUUCUCACUAUAGCCACUUAGAUAUUGAUCGCGCCGUUUUGACCGCAUAUUGCAGAUCUUCGGCAGGUGAUACCACCGUGGUCACGAACCUCGCUCAUGGAUGAUGGGUUUCGAUCCCGUACAUUGUUGGCAUUAUUAGAGGACGAAAUUGCAGUUCCCUUAUUGCUCCUUUUAUUUUCCUCUUACUAAGCUCUCCAAAGCUUCCCGUUUUGUCAAUCAUCCAAUAAUUAAAACUCUACUUGACAAGUGGAGGAUAUCUUCAAAACUUUGUCUGUGUUAACUCACUAUAUAAAAUUAUCUUGGGAUUUAGACUAAUCAGAAACGGAGAUAUUUAAUUUUUUUAUUGUUCACAGAACAUGUUCACGACUCUGAAAAUCUUGGCUGUGAUUGGUGGAUUGACAUUCUUGGGUGGCAACAGUCUUCUGAGCAACAUCGCAGCCCGCAGGUGA